UUUGUCAUUGAGGUUAUAUCAUGACGUAAUUUGUAUUUUAAAUUUUCUUUUUGUAAAGAUUGAAGAUGGUUGUUGGGGCUUUCCCUGCCGCAAAAUUAGGAGCUCUUUUAUUGAAACAGAUUAGCAAACCCAUAGCAAAUGUUUUAAAAAGUCAGGCAAAAAGUUCCCCUGUAUUUAGAAAAUAUGUUUGUUUGCCUCCUGCACAGUUUUACAAUUGGUGUGAGGUGAAAUCAAAGAUGUGGAUUCUCAAUUUGGGAAAGCCUGUCAAUAUACCUGUUUUAAAUGAAGCUAUGGCAAUUGAAUUAGGUGCCAAUUUAUUGGGGGAAGGAAUCAUAUUCCUCAUAGCUGCUGGCAUAUUGAUUUCUGAAUAUAAUAGAUCUUCAAAAAAGGAAGCCGCUAAAGAAGAAGCAAAGCAGCAAGAGAUGACUGAAUUGAAAAAUACUAUCAGAGAGUUAUUUCUACAAUCGGAAGAACAAGCAGCUCAUAUUAGAGAACUGACUAGGAGGUUGGGUGAUACAGAAAGCAAAAUAAGUAACAAACAACUCCCGCCAAAGACCCCAUCAGCAAAUCUACCUAUUUCAGACCCAAACAUUGUUAUCAGCCAAAUCGAACAGCCCCCAAUCCACCAAAAUAGUAAAAUGAGUCAGAAUUUAUCCAAAAGUAGUGGUUUGAUUUUGAGAGCAAUUGACGAUAUAAACAAUCAAUUUUGGAGUAGUCCCCUAAUUGAAAGGGAAGAUAGUACUUUGCUCAUAAGUUUAUAUUAUGUAGAAAGGCUUUUGAGGUUUCGAUAGUGAUUCAAAAAUCACUUUCAGUCAUUUUGUUGGAUAUUGUAUGAUAUAUUGAAUCUGAUUGUUUUUGAACUAGAAGUUUUUGCAAAUACUCCAAACAUGUUAUUUACUGUGAGCUUUUCACCGUAGAAUAAAUUUUACCACAUAUUGCUAAGCAAAAUAAGUACUUUAAGUUAUUAAAUUAUUUUUUGAA